AUGGCUUCCAUGGCAGAACUUCGGAAUCGAUGUCAGACGGUACGCUGGCGUCAGGAUUGUCAACAAGAAGGCGAGAUUCACUGCAAGGAGUAUGCUGCCAUUGAGGCCGACACGGUCAUCGACCUGUUGGCUUACGGUCGCUCGCAAGGAAAGCUGGAAGGCGCUCCGCCCGAUGCCGAAGAUGUCUCCCGAGCCUACAAGAAGACUGCCAUCAAGCUCCACCCGGACAAGAGCCCGCCGGAGGAGCAAGAGAUGGCGCCGGUGCGCACGCAGGCCUCCGCAGCAGCCACGACAAACAUCGUGGAGUUGCCCCCACCUGGCUCAGCGCCACAUGGUGGAUCAGCGGGCAGCAAGCGGAAGUCGAAGGGCAAGAAGGGGCACAAAGGCCUUCAUUACGGAAAAGAGCAAGGCGUACCGCCAAAACACCCUCCCUCCACCACCUACGCCUACGUCUCCAGCUAUGGACGUUCCGCCCCGGACCCGGCUCCGAAGAAAGCAGAGGUCCUAGAGAGGAAGAGCGGCCAAUGGCCAUCGUGGUCCCGAACGGUGAGGUUGAUGAAAGCACUCCUCGCCUGGUGCUUCCGUGGUCCUUGUUCCAGCAUGUGGUCAUGUGUUACCGACCUUCAGUCCUGGGGCAGAGUUGGUGUGAUCGUGAUCCGCCGGGUUGCUCAAUAUAUUCUUCAUUGGGCACAAAAGAAAGGUUACAUGUCCAAUCCUGCAAGCCAACCAUGGCAACCGCGUGCUUUAUGGAUCUACAUGGGGCUGAUCCGGAACCACAAGGAGAUCAACCUCGCCACAGGCAACCACCGCCACGUCUUCACCUUCCAGGACUUCCUGCGGAACCCAAGUUUAGGGCAGCACUAUAUCGAGCAGGAGAGGGCCCACCAAGACCCGGGCGGACCGCCCUUCUCUGCCUUUACCCAUGAGCCACUUCACCCGAUAACCGUUGGCGACCAGCGCGCAAACAACGUGAUGGGUCGUUGGGCCAAUCGAUCUCUUGGGGGAAGAACCAGCGGUGCCUCCGGAUGCGGGCGCACCGCUAGUGUCAACACGAGCGUACGGCCCCUCCGGCUGCUUCUGGGUCAAGCAAGACAGCGCAAAGAGCCACUCAUUGGGAAUGCCGGCACUGCCCGCUGUGCAAUCGGGAGAAAGCCGUGUGCAUUAUCUCUGACGAUGAAGCUGACCCUGACGUCGAGCUGGAUGAGGAGGAGAGAGCAGAGGUGGCCCGCUUGGAGCAGGAAUGCAGAUUUGGAGCGGCGGAGGCGAGGGCUGAACGCCGGCCAGCAGAGGACCCUCCUUAAGAACCUGGCGAACAUCUCCGCGGUCAUGGGAGGGCAACUUGAUGAUACGAUCAAGCGAACCGCCCAGAUCCGUGACCGAGGAGCUCGCGAGGGGUCGGGCAACGCGAAGGUCAAGGCCACCCAGCUCACCGCCAACAACGAUCCGAAAUACAUUUCGGAUCUGGCCAGUGGGAUGGGCCAUGUGGCUAUUCAAAGGCAGAGGUCCCGCCUGAGAGCGGUGCAGUUUCAAGACCUUCCCUCCAAUGAUGAGCUUAGGGAGGGCUCAUCGGAGCACCUCCUCAACCGGCUUGAUCGGCUCGAGAUGCAAGAAGUACGAUGGACGACUGACGAGGUGGCCGGCUGUUACACGAUGCAGUUCCUCGACUACUUCGAAGCCCAUGUGGAAGCAGAGGCCGAGGGAUCAGCCCCCGGCCACAGCUUCCAAAUCAGCCAGGCACUCCGCCCCCCCACCCUUUCGUCCGGCUACAUCGCCUCCUACCAGGACGAGUUCCCCUUCGGCGACCUCUACCACCGCAGCCGGGCGGCCAGAUCCUCCUGCUGUGGCGAUCCGCCCAAAGAACGAGACGAUGGGCAACGAUCGACCGGAAGACCAACCCUCAAGCUCUAUGUCACUGGAGCAGAAGCCGACCUGCCUGACCUGACGAGGCAAGGCAGGCACACAGGCGAGUAA